AGCGGCCGAGACGAGAAAAGUGUUUGUGUUUUGGAAAAGGUGGUUUGGAUCCACUCCUAAAUGUGAAGGCGAAAUGGAUAUUAAAAUUCAAAUCUAGGAAACUGACGCGGCCAGUUGCAACGAUUCGCUAAUAUUAUGGUGACCCAUGUUUAUAUCGAUGAGCCGGAUUCGAUGGUCUUUAUAAAAAAUAGAAAUCGAAAAAAACAUGGCAUGCUUUGGGGAGCCUGCGGGUGUGGUAUAAAACUCUGGCGCUGUUCGGCGGCACAUUUCAGUGUCACGGUUAUCGCCCGCAAGUCCAGUUGAACCAUCUCUCCGGGAUAAGUGUGCAAAAUCUCGAAAUGAAGAUUCUACUGACCCUCCUAGCGGUUGCCGUCUGCACGGAGGCAACCAUUAAUCUGGGCUCACUGCUGGGAUUGUUGCAACCUAGACCAGCACCAGCCCCUGUGCAUCCUGGAUAUGCUUCGUACUAUCGAUAUGCCGCAGCUCCAGUUGCAGUUCAGCCGGGACAAGCUUCCUAUUAUCGGCAAGCUCCGGCUCCGGCUCCAGCACCUGUUCAACCUGCAUAUGCCUCCUACUAUCGGCAAGCCUCGGCUCCUGUUCAGCCAGCGUAUGCGUCCUAUUACCGGCACGCUCCUGCACCGGCUGCGGUAGCCCGCCCAGCUCAACCAGCGCCGAUUGUGCGAGUGGUUCAGCCUACAGUAUAUGUUCCUCAGCCUUCGCCUCCAGUGACCACUUAUUACGAGGAGCUUCCAGUCGUAUCGAGCUCAUUCUCCGUACAUGAACCAAAAACCGAAUACAGCAUAGUGCCAUCGAAGUCCUUUUCGUACACCAUCAAAGAACCAACUGAUUUUACCUUCCAACAGCUGCCGCGUGACGACUUCAGCAUAUUUCAAUCCAAAGACUAUUCGUUCAGCACGCCAACCUCCCACAGCUUUCCUAGCGACUACUCCGUAGAGAUGGUGAAGUCUCAUGGUCACUCGUACUCACUACCAGCGGAGCACGUCACCAUCGAGAAAACCUUUUCGCCGGUUUCGGAUUUUUCUCUAUCUCAUGUAGCUAAUCCCGUCCAGUUGGAUAUUCGCAACAGAAACGGAGCAUCCGCAUUUGGUCAAUCUUUCGCGGCAGCACAGUCUUUGGCAGGUGCCCAAUCCUUCGCAGAUGCUCAAUCUUCUGCAGCUGCCCAAUCCUUCGCAGAUGCUCAUUCCGCUGCAGGCGCCCAAUCCUUCGCAGGUGCUCAAUCUUCCGCAGCAGCCCAGUCCUUCGCAGAUGCUUAUUCCGCUGCAGCUGCCCAAUCACUCGCAGAAGCUCAAUCUGCCGCAGCUGCCCGAUCCUUCGCAGAUGCUCAUUCCGCUGCAGCUGCUCAAUCCUUCGCAGAAGCUCAAUCUGCCGCUGCUGCCCAUUCAGGUGCUACUGUCCAUUCAGGUGCUGCCGCCCAUUCAGGUGCUGCUGCCCAUUCUGCCGCAGCUGCUCAAUCUUCCGCAUACGCUGCGGCAUCGGCUGAGGACGUUGCCGAUGGGCCAACUUCUCUCGUCCUACCGAUCGUUGCCGAACCCGAAGCGGAGACCAAUGCCGUCGCUGUCGCCAAAGCAGAGUCCUCUGCAAAGGUAGCCGCGGAACCUCAACCAAUAGCAUCCGUCACGCUGGACCAGGAGCACAUCACACAGCAAAUCCUGCAGGAGGCCAUUCCGAACAUCAUCCGCCAGGUUGCACCGCACGUCAUCCAGCAAGCCCUUCCUCUGGUCGUUGACCGAGCAGUUCCGCACAUUGUCCAUCAAGUUGGUGCCACCGUUAGCCAGCAUCAGCAACAGGCCGAACCCGUGCAGAUCGUCACGCCCUUCAACCAACAGCAGCACCAGCAGAACCAAAACGAGAAGGUCGUUGUCAUGUACGCCACCUCUGUCCCACAGGGUCAUUCUGCCGACAACUACAAUACACGCGGCCAAUACGACGAUUCGGAGAACCUUGUGGUUCCCAUUGGCAACCGCCAGCAGUUCAAUACGGCUCACGCAGCUUCCCACGCCUCAGCCAACGCGCAAGCCCAAGCCCAACAACAACAGAAGGUCGUCUUCGAAAAGGGUCUCGAACUGGGACACCAAGUCCAGGAGGAGCAACGCGAUGUCGGCAACGUCAACCAGCAGAUCAUCAACAACUUCCAGCACGAGAAUGUUGCUCUCCGGCACGAGUUUGGAGGAGCUUCUUCGGGAGCGUCGGCGAGCUCGUCUGCGUCGGCACAUAGCUACGCGCAAGCUGGAGCGGGAUCGUUCAGUAAUGGCCACUUCCAGGGGCAAAAUGUCCACCCGCAGCUGCUGCAUCACCACCAGUAGUCUAGCGUUAUGGUUAAGUAACAAUUUGUAAAUACAACCAAAAAUGUAUGAAAGCUAGUAGUUGGAAAUUUUGUAGGUUUUGACUAACCCUUAGUAAGAUACAAGCAAGCACUCAGCACUAAAUGUAGCUGAAAGCGCUACGCGAAAUGUACAGUACAUACUAGAAUAUAUAGGUCGAAUUCCGUGCCAUAGAAUACAAAUAAAUACAUAUCAAGAGGAUGAAUGAAAAGUUGACUUUGGUUUCAAGAGUCCGAUCAUCAAUACAUGUUUUAAAAUCACUAAUUACUA